AUGUCAGGACAAGCCAGACGCCCAUUCAGAGAGGUCGAGGCCGAACGGCCUGCUUUCGACUCGGGGUACGGACCGCACUACACCCAAGUCCCCGAGGUGAACUUCCAGCCUGGAGGUGGCCUGAACAGCCUCCCGUAUAGCGAGGAUUUCCGGCCUGAGAAUGCGGUAUGGAGAGGGAUUGACCCGACGGAGCAUGAGCGGUCCGAGGUGUACAAGUUGAUGAUCUCCGCUGUGACCCCUAGACCUAUCGCUCUUCUCUCCACCAUCUCUUCGUUAGGCCAGCACAAUCUAGCCCCGUACUCGCUCUUCAACAUGGUCAGCGCCUCGCCCCCUACCUUGAUGAUCAGCAUCCAGGACAACCCCAAUAACCCCUCAGGCCUGAAAGAUUCCGCUCUGAACAUCCUCGAGACCAAGCAGUUCUGCGUCUCGAUCAUAAGUGAACCGCUCCUCGAGGCGUCACAUAUGACGAGCAUGGACCUCCCUCCGCAUCUGGACGAAUGGAAGCUGUCUGGGCUGACAAAGCGGGCAUCAGAAAUAGUCAAACCUCCCCAUGUCGCCGAAUCAGCGUUCAGUAUGGAAUGUACCCUGGAUCACUAUCAUCAGUUCGUGACCGACGAAGGAGUCAAGACGAACAUGGUUGUCUUUGGGAGGAUAAAGCGGUUUCAUGCCAAAGAGUUCCUCUUUGAUCCCUCGGACCCGAUGAAGAUCCGGCCCGAGAAACUUCGCCCGAUGGCCCGGCUCGGAGGAUUGUCUUACGCUCGGUCAAUACAGUUCUGCGAUCUGCCCAGGCCGUCCUGGGAGAGAGGGAAAGAUGACGAGGCGUAUCAGGCGGCAGUAGGCCUAGGGCAGGGGUCGAGCAAGAUGUAG